AUAUUAAUAUUACGGGUGGACAACUGUGACUUCAGCCGAGGGCCAGUUCGAUAAAAAUAAAACGUGAAACCGCGUAAAGUUCGCGCGGACGAUCGUCAACGGUAACAUUACGAAGAACAAACGGUAACUCGUCGUCGACGAAUCUCUUACGUGUUAUUCCGAACAUCCGUUUCGCGAAAAAUCAUGAAAAUCAUUUGAUGGCACUUGCGCAAUUGCGACAGUGGUGUACGUGAUUGUACGGCCGAUCGUAUUUCGAAAGAGUGUUGAGUUUGCGAAAGGGCAACAUCGCUAAAGGGGGCCCCGCAGUCAAAAGACCGAAAGCUUUUCAUCAUGAGUACUGCAAAGGAAAAGGCAGGACCAUCAAAGUCAUGGGAUUCAACAACAGAGGAAACGGAAAAGGAUAAUCGAACUUUCGAAUGUAAUAUUUGUCUUGACACUGCCAAAGAUGCGGUCAUUAGUAUGUGUGGGCAUCUGUUUUGUUGGCCAUGCCUGCAUCAAUGGUUAGAGACACGUCCGACAAGGCAAGUGUGUCCUGUCUGUAAAGCUGCGAUUAGUAAAGACAAAGUUAUUCCAUUGUAUGGACGUGGAGCUGCAAGGCAUGAAGAUCCAAGGAAUAAUGUUCCACCACGUCCUGCUGGACAAAGGACAGAACCUGAAAACAAUGUUGGAUUUUCAAGUUUUGGAUUUGGAGAUGGUUCUUACAUGUCUUUUGGUAUUGGGACAUUUCCAUUUGCAUUUUUCACAUCAACUUUUAAUUUUGGAGAAACACGACCAAGUGCAGCUGCUGCAGGAACACCUCAAUAUGAAGAGGAACAAUUUCUUUCAAAGGUAUUUCUUUGGGUGGCAUUGGUAUUCAUCUGUUGGCUUCUGAUGGCAUAACAUUUUUGUUAAACCAUAUUUCUUGCUCCAUAUUUUGUAAUGUUAUCCACACUUGUUGGAUCGAUUCAUUACACUUUUAUUAAUACAUCAAUCUUACCCCGUUUGUAUAAUUAUUGUUACUCGCUGUAGUAACCAUACCUGCUUGAAUAAACAAACGGGUCUUAAUUGUCCUAGUUAUAACAUUUUUACAUGUACAUACACUUUAUUUUUAAUCUUUUAUGAUUAUAACAAGGAAUAAAUUUUCUAUAUAAACAUAAUACAAUUGACGUUAUUAUUGGCAGUGUAUAAAGUGUGGUAUAAGUUGUCACCUUGUAUUUAUACUUUUCUCUAAGUACACAUAUUCAAGCAGGUUUCUUUUGUAACAACUUUAGAAAAUCUGGAACUUAUAAUAUUCAUGUAUAUAUAUAUAUGUAAAGAUAUAUCACUUUUAGACAUGUAAGAUAUUAUCCAAUCUAUGCAAAACACAUGUAAUUGGUUCUUAGAAAAACAUAAUAUAGUUUUAUUACAUAAUCAUGAAUCUAUGCAGUUUUAAUAAACUGCAAGGAGAAAUAAUGUAUAUAAUCUACUUAAUAAGACAAAUUGAUAACACAAGCAAACAAUAUAAGGUUAAAUACAUAAGCAUAGUUUAUUUAUUUGUUUUCAUUUACGUUAUAUGGUUAUGGAUAUAGAAGAUAAAAAGGUAAUUACAAAGUUAUAAAUCAGUCUUAUAUGAUAGAAUUUGAAUUUUCAGUUUACACUUUCUUUCAAUGAUGUUCAGUACUUGAACUGACAGAAAAUUGACAUUCCAUAUGUAGUUCUACUGAGAAUGUGAAAGUCAUUAAAUAUUAUAAAUAAAAUUUAAAAUUGAAUGUAUCUCGUGAGAAAUGUUCAAAGUUUCCGGGUGUAAGCAGUGUCCGUUAGAAAUUUUCCGACGUUUCCCGAAGUCGGGAAAUCAUACCGACGAACACAGCUUUACACCACCAAAACUUUGGACACUUAUCACAAUAUUCCUGGCCGUGAAAGCCUCAAACAAAUGAAUGUAUUUCGUUUUAACAAAAUGUUGCUAAUAUUUUUUGUACAUGUAAAUUGUAAUUUCUUUGGCAGUCAGACAUUGUACAUUGCCUUACAAGUUUAUUUAAUAUAUAAUCGCUAUAAUAAACAUAAAAUAAAAGUA